AUGCGAUUCCGGCACUAUGCCACCCAGGCCACUCGCCGGAUCACGCGACGUUACGCCUUCCUACGCUAUCUUUCCAUUCUGACGACGCUCCUGACUUGCGUCUGGUUCUACGCAUUGUACAGCAGUGAGCGUUCGACUUUCCAAUCUCAUAUUCAAGCCUGCAAUUGGGACAAAUGGGAAGAAUGGCCGCAUCAUGCAAGACCUCACCAUCUGGUCUUCGUUGCAGACCCUCAGCUCGUCGAUCCUCACACUUAUCCUGGACGUCCUUGGCCCCUGUCCAGCCUGACCGAGACAUACACCGACCUGUACAUGACCCGCAACUUUCGCCUAAUUAAUGAAAAGCUGGACCCCGACUCGGUGGUGUUUUUAGGAGACCUGUUCGAUGGAGGAAGGGAAUGGGCUACAAGCCGCGCAAGGAAGUUGACGCGGAGCCAAAGAGAUAUAUUGAUAAAACUUGGUGUAAUCAAAGAAGGGGAAGAAGAAGGUCAGAAGGUGGCAAGAGGGCUCGAUGGGCCAGAGAAAGGAGCGGCAGAGUCUUCCCAAGGUAAGAGCAUUAAUAAACGUAGCUUGGACAGCUACUAUUACGCCAAGUCGCACCCACACUCACGCAUCAUCACCAAAGAAGAGCACAACAUAUGGCCCCGAGACGGCAAGACCGACUUGCGCGAAUUUGUCCACGGGGAAGAUGGACGAUGGUCAAGCUAUGGAGACAAGCAGUGGAACUCGGAGUUUGAACGUUUUGGGCGAAUCUUCUUCGCACCAGAGCAGCUGUACCCUAAUUCGGAUCGCAAUCUGGUACCUGCGGAGAACGAGGCUACCGAUGCUGUCAGUGUGGAAAAUGGGGCGAACUACGUCAACUGGCAACAGUACGCCGUUGGAGGCAGGCAUCGACAAGUCAAGACAAGCCUACCUGGAAACCACGACCUUGGAUUUGGAGCUGGAGUGCAAAUGCCCGUCCGCGAUCGUUUCCAGAGUCACUUCGGCGACACGAACUCUGUGUACGUGAUAGGGAAUCACACUUUUGUCGGUAUUGAUGCCCCAUCACUUUCGGCCUUUGACGAGUAUGUGCUUGGCGAUGGAGAGAUGUCGGAGGAGAGAAGGAUAAAUUUCCAGCAUCUCUGGAAGCCAGCGGACGAAUUCCUAGAUGAUCUUUCGAGCAUCGCGCCCAAGGUCGUUGCAGAUACGCUGAAUGCGUAUUACCCCGGAGAGCACGAAGCUGAAGGUUACUGGCACGAAGUCUCUAAUCCUAAAGACAUGACACAUCAACCGACGCUGGGGGCAAAGGCGAAGAGGAAACCUAAGCUGCCAGUCAUACUCCUCUCACAUAUUCCACUAUUCCGCAAUCCCGAUGUUGACUGUGGCAAGAGUCGAGAGAAAGGCAGGUCGAUUCCUAUACACCGCGGCUACCAAUAUCAGAACGUUCUCACGCCGACACUGACCGGAAGGAUCACGAAGAAGGUGUCCGAGGCUGGCGACAUCAUUCAUGCGUUUUCAGGGGAUGACCAUGACUAUUGCGACAUCACACAUCGAUUCAAUGUUGGACGCUGGAACGAAGAAACUAACAAGGAGCAAGUGAUCAUGCAGACAGCUAGAGAAAUCACUGUCAAAAGCUUUAGUUGGGCCAUGGGCGUUCGACGGCCUGGCUUUCAACUCGUGAGCUUGUGGAAUCCCGUCGAUGAGAUGGGUAACACAGUGGGAACGCCACUUCCCACAAUCCAGAGCCAUCUCUGUUUGUUGCCUGAUCAACUGAGCAUCUUCAUCAAUUACGCGAUACUCCUCGGCUGGACUUUGUUGAUUCUGCUCAUUCGAGCUGUAGUCAUCGGUAUUCGAAACAAACCUUCCGUGGACGAUGAGGAGGUUGAAAGUGAGUUUGGAAGAAAGCUCUCCUUGCCUCGAUAUCAGUCAAGAUCAAGCUCGAAGGAAAGCGGCAGAGCGAAUGGCUAUGUUAGCCCAAACAAAAGCCAGCAGAACGAAACGCAAGGCCGCCAGCGUGCAUCAUCCACCUCUACCUCGACAACCAGUAUCAACAACAACAAUCUCAGCGUCCAGCGAAGUUACAGCUCUCGUACGAGGAGUGUGAGCCCAGCUGUUGGUUCAGCUGGCAUGAACUACAAUUUCAACACCAGCAGCCAGGUUUUGCCGAAUCUGCAGGACAAGAGUCGCCCGCUCAUUGAGAAAGCUGGCUUUUACCCUGAGCUACGGUGGCAGGAUCCUGACGAUUCAGAUGAAGAGUCUCACGUUGGCGAAGACCAAGACAGCCAAGCCAAAUGGAAGAAGCGAAAGCGGACAACGAGCAGAGCGCGAAGAACGUUCAACGAAUUUGUUAUUAGCGUGGCGUUUGUGGCGGUUCCAUGUGGCCUGUUUUACUCAUUCCUCAUCAAAAAUGGUUGA